AUGGUGGACUCGGUGACCCACACUUCACCUCCUCCUUCUUCUAAUUCUUCCCCUUCUUUUUAUUCUCUCUUUGGCACUUCUCCUCCCUCGCACCCCGACCGCAACGCGAUGGAUCACGACGACGACGAACUCUCCCCAACACAACCAUACUCCUUACCAGGUACGCCGGAGGUGAGUGGAAUCAACAAUGACAACCUUGGUGGCGAGCUGACCGAUAGUCUCGUCAACCACGAUGAUGACGAUAUUCUGCUUUCGCUCGAUUCAAGCGACAAUGAAAUGCACUGCAGAAUCGACAAGACCAACUGGACCGGAGUGACCGUGUGGGAGGAUGCAGACCAUCAUAUGGAACACACAUCAGAUCUCCGUAUGGACAUGCUGGUCGAUACUUCGGAUCAACGAGCUCUCUUCGUGCUACAGAACUUCAUAUACAUCAAAGGCAGCAUCAGCUCAGUCCCUCUUUAUUUGUUCAUCUACCCCGAGGGCAUUCACUCAAUCGAGUUUGACGAUUGCACCCGUCCACCAACGCUUGGGAUGGAGGACAGAUCUAACAACUUCAUUCGUCUGCGCUUCACCCUGUCACAGCCGCCUACUCUCGUGUUUGCGAAAGAUCGCCCUCUUGAACCGAAAAACAAAUCUCUUGGUCGGCUUGACGUUAUGAAGGCCCUCGCUGCAGUUCAAGUUUUCGACUUCUACCUAGACAAGUUUCGCCUUGUGCCGGAAAUGCGGGAGCAGUUAGCAUUGCUUCCGUCAAUCUUCUCGUCGACUCGUGCCCGUGAUCGACCCAAGACAGAUGCGCGACGAGCUGGUCUUCAGAGGCUGUAUGCCGGUGCCGGUGGCCAUAUACUCGACAUCGGUAUUGGACUUCCCGCAUUCAACACGAGCGUCAGCAAAGCCGCAAACUCGCAACCUGUGCAGCAAACGAUAGAAGAAGAAGUGGUGGCACCGACAUACACCAAGUAUGGCUCUCUUCAGAGUCCAGCGCAAGUGAUAAUAACUCCGUCCGUCCGCAAACGUCGACGAACAAGUGAAUCCCUGUCUCCCUCCACUCCCGAUAACAAGCGCAUCUUCACUGCCUUCGCUCAACUGGCCAAGAGCCACGCGGAGCUGCAAAAUCGCGUCGUACACCUUGAGAAGAUGCUCGCCGACUCUGCUCGCUGCGAUCACACCCCGUGCCGCUACGACUCAGAGGAAGCGGCGCACAUCAUCGGCCAUGUGAACGAUAAAAUCGACAAUGACAUGCUUGAUGUGAAAAUCGAGUUGGAGGACCAAGUUCUUGCCGAGACACAGCAGGUUAUGGUGGAGAAGACGGAGGAACAGCAGUCGCAGCUGUGGAACGAUAUGCGAGAGGGAUUGAUGGACGAGAUGCGGCAGGAGAUCAAGGAAGAGCUGAUGGCGGAGCUGCGACAGGACCUGGUGGCAGAGGUGAAAAUGGAGCUGUUCAAGGAUAUGGCGCAAGCGAUGAUGAGGGCGGCGUGCGAUGACGAUGCAAAAUCUGCGAAGGUUGGGACUGGCUUGUCGCAGAGCACACAGAGUACGGAUUCUACACAAUGA